GUCAUGUCAUGUCCGUUGACGGGGACGAUCGAGAGAGACAAUCACAACCAUAAUAAUAAUAAUAAUAAUAAUACUAAAGGUUUAUUAUCAACCACUGAACUGCAUCACUUCGUCCUGCACACGUGGGUUGUUGUUGUUGUUGUUGUUUUUUUUAAAACGGAUCUGGGAUCGCCAUGGCAACCCCUCCGUCCGGGAUGAGUCGCAGUUGUCUGCUUGGUCUUUGGACGUCGUGCGUCUGCGCCUCUGCUCACCGACCCCACGGUCAUGACUGUGUGUCAGUGUGGGACAGUUACUCCGCCGCUCGCUAGAUGCUGCUGCAGCCUGCUCCUGUCAGACAACCCGGCGGGGGAAGGCUCCUCGCUGCGAGACUCGGAACCCGACACGACGCGACGUGACGCGACGAGCUGGGGCCGCCGUGACAUUUAACUGCACUCGGUGGACAAGCGCUCUCGAGAAACGCACGGGUCAGUGAGAGGGUUGAACACGAUGUCCCUGUAGAGCCCCUGCGCUGCCGCUGUGGUCGUAGAGAGCACCAUGUUGGAUAAGUCCAGUGAUAAAGGCCAGAAGAAGACUGAGCACUGCUCAGACUGUGGAUGCAGCUUCACCCCACUGAAGCCUGACCCCGAUUCGACCAGCACGUCGGCCCCUCCCGGCGAGGAAGCGUCCAGGUGUCCGUCUUGCCAGGUGGGCGCCAGCCUCUCCAAUGGCCGGCGGCCGCACCGGCACACGCGCCUGGACCCUCACAGCUGCGGGCUGUGCAGCAAAACCUUCAUCUCCUCCGCCCACCUGACCCUUCACCUCACCUCCCACAGCAAAGAGAGGAAGUUCCAAUGCAGCACCUGUGGCAAGUACUUCCACCAGGCCUCCCACCUGAUGGCGCACAAGAUAAUCCACAGCGGGGACCGGCCUUUUAAAUGUCCCGAGUGUGGCAAGACCUUCGGACGUGCCUCACAUCUGAAGACUCACCGCCGGCUCCACACGGGUGAGAAGCCCUUCAAGUGCACCUACUGUGCCAAGUCGUUCACUCAGAAGGCCGGACUCAUGGCACACGUCCGUGUCCACACGGGGGAGCGGCCGUACAAUUGUGAACAGUGUGGCAAGGGUUUUCGGUCUGUGGGUCUCCUGCUCGCUCACAAGGCUCAAGAGUCCUCUGGGGAGGCCCAACCCGUGUCUGCUGCAGAACUGACCCAACCCCAGAACACACCAUGUGCCACAGAGGAUCUAAAGUGCGGCGUCUGCUGCCGCACCUUUGUUCGGUCAUCAUACAUCAGGCUGCACAUCCGCCUCAAGAAGGGACAGCGGCCUUACCACUGCAAAGUGUGCAACAAGACCUUUGUCAAGCUGGACACCUUUGUGGCCCACUGUGAGAGACACUUGAGGCAGAAAAAGGAUAAAAGCAAGGCGGUGAAAGGCAAAGUGGUAAAACCUCCCCAGUUUGUUCCGGUCUCCAGGCCGCCUCCUCCUCCUGAAUCCUUACCCACUCAGCCUUUAUCCUCAGAGGUCAACACACGCUCCAGAUCUAAAGCGAAGAUAAAAACAGAGCCAUGACCAAGAGUAGUGCUUCCAAAAACUCAAAAAUGGUCUUUAAUUAAGAAAUGUCUUAUAACAGUUCUGCCACGGCACAAAAAAAGCAAAUGCAGGACAAAGGUGUCAUAUUAAUGUCAUAAGAAAACAAAAAGAACCUGAAACAAAUGGAAAGUUAUGUUUGACCAAAUUUGCACUCCCAAAAGAAUAUGGGUUAUUAUCAACAUUAGUAUGUUGUUUGCACAGUUAUUUUAUUUAGAAUAAUUCAUUUUAUCAGGAAGAAUUUAAGCACUUCAGUGUUUUUUCACUGCGGAAUUUUUUAGCUCAUGAGGCUAAUAAACGUUUGUAUCAAUAUCAUUUGUCUAAGCAUGCAUUGUUCACUUUAAUCUUUUGUCGUGGGAAAAAGUUUAAUAAAUCCAGUCUAUUGGCAUGUAAAGGUCUUGCACCCAUUAAUAGUAAACGUCUAUCGUGGAACACUAUGCACAUGGAAUAAAAAAUGUUAAAAAAGUAAA